CCCCUACCACACCAGGCCAUGUCUCUGUCUGCCUGGGCGGCCGGACGGACCUGGCAGUUUUUUUGUUCCUAGCUCGCGGCACGGGCGGUUAAAGCCGCGCGCGCGAGGCCGCAUUAGCUCGGCACGAAUGCGAUAGACCAACAACACAACACCCGCUCCCGCGAACGUCCCCGCCUUGGCGCCUUCUCUCCACAGACCAGACCACACGGCCCACGCACGCUCAGAGCAGAAGCAGAGGCAAGGCAACCGGCGGAAUCAAGCAAGAGCACAUCUGCGCAUGCACCUCCGCGAGGCCAUGGAGGACUCCGUGUCGGGCGCUGGCGCUGGCGCCGGGCGUAAGAAGCUGAAGCACCGGCUCGCGGCGAUGCUCUCGGUGUUCUCCCGGCGCGCGGGGGGCGGCAGCAGGAAGCGCCGCGACGGCGAGGACGAGGCGAAGCCGCCGCCGCCGCUGGCAUUCCCGUCGUACUCCAGCCUCGGCAGCGGCAAGAAGCCCGGAGGUGGUGGUGGGGUCGCCGACCGCCGCCUGUCCCUGUCCGCGCCGCUGGUUCACAUCACCAUCGACUGCGCGGGCCGCCGCUCCGUCGACGCGGCGGACCCGUCCCUCCUCCUCUCCCUCGACGCCGCCGGCAGGAGGGCGGACCGGCGGUCCACGGCCGCGGGGCCCGGGCUGUUGCCGCACGAGUCCGGCGGCGAGUGGGAGGGCCGCAAGUGCCCGCCGUCCUCGCCGUCCGUGGCGCGCCUGCCGCCGCUGCCGCCGCUGGCGAGGUGGAAGCAGGGGCGGGGCUCCUCGCGCCGGCCGUCGUCGCGCCGCCUGGCCAGCAGCUCGUCGUCCGACGACGAGUACGACGAGGACUCGAGGAACCUCUUCUCGUCGCGGAGCUUGUCGUCCGACUCGUCCGACUUCUACAGCUGCCCGCGCCGGAACGCCAGCGCCAGCAGGGGGCGCGCGUCCGUCUCGGGCCCGUGCCGCGCGCUGGCGCUGGCGCCGGCGCCGGCGCCCCCGCGCCGCGGCGCGUCGCAGAGCUGCCGGUACAGCUUCGAGCUCCCGCGCGGCUCGUCGGCGACGGACGGCGGGUUCGCGGUGGUCAAGCGGUCGGCCGACCCGUACGAGGACUUCCGCAAGUCCAUGCAGGAGAUGAUCGCAGAGUGGCCCGCUGGCGGGGCCGGAGGCGGCGGCGACGACGAAGGCGAGCACAGCGCGGAGCGGCUGCUGGAGACGUACCUCGUGCUCAACUCGCCGCGGCACUACCCGGCGAUCCUCGCGGCUUUCGCCGACGUGCGGGAGACGCUCUUUCCGUGAGCUUCGUCAGCAGCGAUCGGCAGGCGGCGCCGUGAUGUUGAUAGCAUUAACCUUGUCAGACGCAAGUACGUAGUGGCGAUAGAAUUGAGCAUGUGCGUUGCUGUGUGCGUACGUGCCUGCUAACCGCUGCGUAAUGCAGACUCUGUUCCCUAGUCCCUGUCCCUCUGAUGGUAAUCUCCCUUAGUCUCGUUAAUGUUAAUUUUGUGAGCUUGGCUGCCCUGUUGUGUACAUAUUGCCUCCUUUUUGUUGUCCUUGUCUCUGCAGUCUCAGUACUUAGUACUAAUGUAUAUUACACAUUUCCCCCUCCUUUUUUGUGUAUAAUGAGGUAUGCCGUAUGCGGCAAAAAGGUACUAUGUGGA